AUGGUCUUGGAUACUGAUCUCAAAUUGCAGGCUCAAACACCACAGCAGAGAAAGGCCAAUGAGAGGUAUGCAAAGCAUGAAGCCGCAAAGCGUGGCAAAGGAGGGGUGAUGGCGAAGCCAAAGCAGAACUCACGGUCUCCAGUAUCUACCGGCUGGAUUGUCAUCCUUGCGUUCGUUGUUUGUGGUGGAAUAUUUCUUGAAUUACUAGGGAUUGUGCCUCGGUUAUGGUCCGCUCUUGUCACGAACUUUAGUCAGUUGCUGCAGUAG